GACAGUGCUCUCAGCUGGCCCGGAUCUCCCACAAUGCUUUGCUGAAGCCCCGUCCUCUCGUCCCCCAUCAAGAUGCUCCCACCUGAUUGGAUGCGACGGCUCCUCCCCACGGCGGUGCUGGCACUCACCUCCUGUUUACUGGCCGCCUCUGUGAUGGCCACGCCCUUCCCCAAGGACCUCGAGCCAAUCGGCGUCGUCGGCUGGGAGGACUCCUACCAGUACCAGGGCUUCCAGGGCCUGCUGUUGGACAACGACACUUCUCGCCUGGGCCUGGACUUCCAGACGAUGCUCCGGGUUAACCACAUGCUGUUCAUCUCCUCCAGGGACCAUGUGUUUGCGGUCAACCUCACCACCGCAGCCCAGGACUUCACUCCUCAGCUGAAACUGAACUGGAGAUCAAACGAUGUGAACAAAUGUGCUGUCAGAGGGAAGAACAGCGAUGAGUGUUAUAACUACAUCAAGGUUCUGGUGCCCCGGAAUGAUGAAACUCUGUUUGCCUGCGGAACCAACGCCUUCAACCCAACCUGCCGCAACUACAAGAUGACCAGUCUGGAGCAGAUAGGGGAGGAGCUGGUGGGUCAGGCUCGUUGUCCGUUCGAGUCGGGCCAGUCCAACGUGGGCCUCUUUGCAGGGGGAGACUUCUACUCCGCCACCAUGACGGACUUCCUGGCUAGCGACGCCGUGAUCUACCGGAGCCUGGGAGAUGACCGGCCCGUCCUGCGCACGGUGAAGUACGACUCCAAGUGGCUCCGAGAGCCGCACUUCCUGCACGCCAUAGACUACGGGAAUUACGUGUACUUCUUCCUCAGUGAGAUCGCUGUGGAAUACACAACCCUGGGGAAGGUGGUGUUCUCCCGGGUGGCGCGUGUCUGCAAGAACGACAACGGCGGCUCGCCGCGCGUCCUGGAGCGCUACUGGACGUCCUUCCUCAAGGCCCGCCUCAACUGCUCCGUGCCCGGCGACUCCUUCUUCUACUUCGACGUGCUGCAGUCGCUUACGCACGUGCUGCAGGUGGACCAGCGGCCCGCCCUGGUGGGCGUGUUCACCACGCAGGCCAACAGCAUCCCCGGCUCGGCCGUGUGCGCCUUCUACAUGGACGACGUGGAGCGGGUGUUCGGCGGCCGCUUCAAGGAGCAGAAGACCAGCGACUCGGCCUGGACGCCCGUGCCCGAGGAGCAGGUGCCCAAGCCCAGGCCGGGGUCAUGUGCGGGCGAUGGCCCCGCCUCUUCCUUCAAGUCCUCGACGACGUUCCCUGACGACACGCUGACCUUCAUCAAGUCCUUCCCUCUGAUGGACGAGGCCGUGCCCUCAGUCAACCACCAGCCCUUCUACACGCGCACCGGCAGCAGGUACAAGCUGACCCAGAUCACGGUGGACACGUCGGCGGGGCCGGGGAAGGACCGCACCGUGCUCUUCCUGGGGUCGGAGGACGGCCGGCUGCUCAAGGUCCUGGCCAGCACGCACCCCAACGCCUCCUUCUCCUCUGUGCUGCUGGAGGACAUAGACGUCUACAACCCCUCCAAGUGUGAUGUCCAGGGGCAGGAGGACAGGAGGAUCCUGGGUCUGGAGCUGGAUAAGGAGCACCAUGCCGUGUUUGUGGCGUUCUCCAGCUGUGUGAUCCGGGUUCCCCUGAGCCGCUGCACCAGCCACGGGGCCUGCAGGAGGAGUUGUCUGGCCACCCGCGACCCCUACUGCAUCUGGCUCCGAACAGGAAGCUGUGUCAACAUGGCGCCCGGCUUCAAGGCGGGGUUUGAGCAGGACAUCGAGGGUGACCAUUCACUGUACCCGGAGGGUUGUCAUGCGGACGUUCUAGCCACCACUAGGAACCAGAACUCUGUAGCAGACUCUGCCUACGGUGUGAGGAGGCUCCCCGACCAAUCGGGCCCCAGCGUCCACUACACCCUGCUGAUCGCCUGCGUCCUGGUGGCCUUCCUCCUGGGCGCCAUCGUGUCGGGCUUCCUGGUCUCCUGCUACUGCGGCGCCAGCGCCCGCCGCGCCCGCCGCCUGGCCAAGGAGCCCGAGGCGGCCCUGCCCCACGCCCUGUCGCUGCGCAGCCUGGCCAAGCUCAACGGCCUCCUGGACGGCCCGGCCAAGGACGACAAGCUGGACGUGUCCCUCUCCAGCCCCCGCAUGUACAGCUCCUUCAUCCCCAGCGGCAGGGAGGCGAGCCGGGAGCUUCCCCCCGGGCGGGCUUCCAGCCUGGGCCUCGGCGACCCCGACCUCAGCCUCUCCCAGGGGGAGGAUCUGUCCGGGCUGCCCACGCCGGAUUCCACCCCGGAGCUGCCCAUCAAGAACAUGAAGGCCUUCCGGAGCCAGUGGGAGCGCAACCAGAACUGCUGCAACAACGCGGUGGAGACCAAGGGGACGGGGUUCCCGGCGGGGGUGGGGGGGGUCGCGGCCUGGGCCGGGGGUCACCCAGCAGGUGUUCCCCUACCCGCACGGCCUGGGCAACGGCCACGCCCACGGCGCCUCGUCCCUGCGCCUCCCCGAAGAGCUCGCCAGAACCGGGGAGGAGCGGGGGGGGGGCCUCGGCCCCGCCUCCUCCCCCCCCCCCUCCUCCUCCUCCCAGCCCGUGGUGGACGUGGCCGCCCUGGACGAGCUCCUCAAGCACAUCCAGGAAGUGAGCGCCUCGGGCAACGGCAGCAUCACCAUGCUCAACUCCUCCUCCCUGGGCCACCUCCCCCACGCCCACCCGCUCCUCCACCCCGGCCACGGCCGCGCCCUCCAGGCCCAGAUCCCCGAGACCGAGUCGGCCCCCUACUACAGCUCCUCCACCCUGCCGCGCGACGGCCUGGCGGCGCGCCGCCUCGACGCGCCCCUGGAGGGCGCCCCCUCCGCCUACGCGUCCUCCUCCGGCUCCGCCCCCCUGCAGCAGCAGCCAAUCCCGGAGCACUCGGCCGUGUCCCGCCACCACGCCCAGCGCCACGCCCUCAUCAAGAUGGGGAACGGCGGGGCGGUACCCCGCCAGCACUGCUUCGGCCAGAGGGGAGGGGCGGGGCAGCAGCAGCUCCUCUCCAGGGGAGGCGAGCCCAACGGGGGGGAGCCGCGGCGCCCUCUCCUCCUCCCCAGCGCCAGCCUGACUCGGCAACACAGCUACAGCGAGCCGCCGCACCUCCAGCGCGCCGCCGUCGUGCGCCGCGCCGCCUCCCUCAAGCCCCAGCUCCCGCCCAAGCCCCUCUUCCUCCCCGCCAACGCCACCUCGCCCCGGAGGACGCCGGGCAAGUACGACUACUGAUGCCAAUGCGGACCGAGGGAGGGAGGGGAGGGGGAGGGGGACUGAACUGGACUGAACCCGUUCCUGGAUUCCCUCCUGGAGGUGUUUUCCGUUGAAAGUCCAACUUGACUCGGCACGCAGGGCCAGAUGGGGAAGAGGGGGUUGUUCCCACGACGGCCAUACGCGAGAGACAGACUCCUCGUCAUCCUCCUUCCCUCUCCCUCCCUCCCUCUCUCUCUCUCUGUGCGUCGCAGUCGUUCCUCCAGGCUUGGCAGAGCGUUCCCCGAGGUCCCCGUCGCGAGCCCUGCAUCGUGUCUCAACCUGCAGCUCCCUUGCCUAGACCCAGUCAGAGAGGUGUCUGCCUCUGGUGGGAGAGGAACCCGCCAGCACGUCGGCCCAGGGGCGCCCCCCUGUGGACGGCCUGGUCACUGCGGCGCCUGCUGCCACCUCACCUGAUGAAUGCCCGGCUGUACCAUAUUGGUACAUGGCGACUCCACUGCGGUCUGGCCCCGCAGCCCUGGGGAGGGGAGAUAGUGAGAGAGAAGAGAGCCCUCGGUGGUAAAGAAAGACUUCCAGGAAGUAUUCUGGCCAUUAUCUCGCCCCUCGGAGGUCGAGAAAGAGAGAGAGCGGGUUUUCAGAGCUGAUUUUACUAGAGGUUCCAGGCGGAACCUCUUCUCUGAUGAGAGGAACUCUACUAACACCGUACACACGAAUAUAGUGUUCACACACACGCAUACAUACAGUGGGAGUUAGCCGGUUAAGAUGGAACAUUCGAGGGUAACCUGUAGACGCGAUUGGCUACCCCAUUUUCACACUGUUGGUGGUUGGCUGCCGAAUUCUCACUCUCUUGCAAGAUAUUAGUGUGUACGUGCUCACAUUCACAACGUCCCCCUUGACUUGAGGGAUAAAGCAAUAACUAACCAUAGUUCUCAUGCAGGGAGGGCCAACCAGGGAGCUACCACCCUGUUGAAGCUGACCACCAGAACCUUCUCUGGCUCUGGAAAAAAACGUUGUGUUUUGAAACUGAAAGAGAGAUUUUGUGGAAUUAAGACUGCUGAGAUUAACUCGGGUCGAACACCUGAACCCUGGGUGACUGUCUUGGGGGGGGGGGGCAAGGUUGUGGGGUCGGGUUCUGGGCGCCCUAACAGGAAAGCCGUCUGUUGGGAUGUGUUGUGGAACAAGGAUGCUGAUUGAUCUUCUAGACAGGAAGCUCUGACCUGUGCUUGGAUCUUCAAUGGAGUCUCCAGAGAGCUGAACUAAAUCCAGGUCUUCAAGACAGACAGCGCGACCCUGAACAAUAGACACGUAUUUCAGCCCUCAGAAAUUAUUUGCAGUGCUUUGGCACCCUCUUGUGGAAAAGGCUAUUAUAACAGUGUAACAGAGAACGCUUUUGUGUUGACCAUAUUGCUAUAAAUGUGGAUAUUGAUGUAAAUAAAGACAAUUGUGGAAUUAUACUCGCAAA